AUGUUGCACGAAGGCCGACCCAUGUAUGAUAAUGGGCCGCUCGGUCCACUUGACACGAGGGACGCUGCGGAGAGGGAUGUGCUCGCCUCCGUCGACGACACUUACCCCCACUGCCACAGCAGCUUAUCGACUCGCCAACAGCAGCAGCACCAGCAGCGCAUGCUGCAACGCAGCAUGAGUGGCAGCGGCUCCUGCAUCGCGGCGAUGCGCUGCACCAGCUCACUGCCGGUACCACAGGGCAGCGUUGGGUCUAAUCCACUCUCGCCGCCAGCCGCCACCACGCCACCGCUGCCCUUUGCGCCAGUCGCAGCGGCUGGUACGGCAGGGUGGGACGACCAUGAACACUUCACCUCCCAACACCCGCAGCAGUUGCAGAAGCAGAAGCUGCCGCCGGGGGUGCCUCCGCUGACCCCCACCGCCGAGGACUUUGUGCACGAGAUAUUGGCAAUGAACACGUUGGCGAUGGAGCAGUGCUACGCUGCAGUUGCUGCGACCAAUGGUGCCGCCCUUGUCGGCGCUGCCAUCGCCAACCCCACCCCCAACGUCACCCCUGCCUCGGAGGAGCCCAUGAGAAUCCUGAGCGAGGCCUACAUGCGAGUCGAUGAGACUUCCACGCAGGAUUUUCCGGCGCCGUUGCUUGAUGAGCUGAAGACCACGACACUCAACAACAUGGGUGUUGUGGAGUGCAAUCGCGGCCAGCCACGGCAGGCGCUUAGCCACUUCGAGGCUGCUCGGCAGCUGGAGGAGAACAACGGCAUGGCUUCGCCCUCCAUCACCCUCAACAUGUGCGCAGCGUACAACGCGUUGCGCAUGUUUGACAAGGCGACAGCGGCCGCGCUGGAGACGAUCGACAUGCUGCACUCGUUGGCGCUACAGCGACGGCGCAAUCGUCGACUGAAUGCUAGCGCGACGGCCCUUCUCGGCGACAGCGGUCUUCCGUGGAACGGGAGCCGUGGCGGCGCGAUGGACGUCGCCAAGGAUGGAGACAUGUCAACGACGGACCUGCUGCUCGAGGCCGCUGCGGCGCCGAAGAUUGCGGACUCGCAGAACGAGGCGCUGUGGGGUGCCGCGUGGAACAACUUGGCAGUUGCGCAGGUCAACACUGCUCGGGGCUCCAAGGACACGAGCGAAUACACGAAUGCGCUGUCCCUCUUCCAAAACGCGAUGCGGGCGACGCAGGAGCUUCUCGGAAUGCAGCAUCCCAUGUCGAAGGCAGUCGUCGAGACAUUCCGCUCGGUGCGGCGAGCCUUGCGCUAUCACGGCGCCUUUAAGCAGCACCGCUCACUGCUGCGUGCGCCGCUGCCGCCGGUGGACCCGCGGGAGCAAGAGUGGGAGGAGAAGCAGGUGGAGGCGAUGCCGGGCCACACCCGCCACGGCACCCUGCAGCAACUGAGGCAGCAGCUGACCAUUACGUUUCGCGGCGAGGUUACAGGUGGGCAGAAGGUGGUGGAGCGGCUGGACGGUACCCCAUACCCCGGUGCCACCUUCGAGCCAUACCAAAAGCAGCAGCGCAUGUGUGGCUCGAACAGCGGUCGCGGCAAUACCACCGCUGCGACUGGUACCCGAAACCGCAGCCGCUCCGGCAACAAGAAGCAUCCCAAGCCGCAGGGCAGCAUAUCGCAGCUGAUGCGCAGCAUACCACUCAGUAGCACUCUAUGCCACGCUAGCGCCGUGUACGGUAAUCCGCACCCCCUUCUCUACUCCCCACCACCGUCAGGGCAGUACGCGGAGUCGGCCCCGCUCUCCUUUUCGGCGAGCAUGCGUAUGACGGACAACCAGUACGACGGCUUCGCCGCCACCCCUGGACGUGCCAUGUCCGCCGCCGACUUAAACCCCCAAGGCCGCGACAGGGGCCAACACAGUCACACCACUAGAAGCCGCAGCGGUGCAACAGGGCGCACACCGCCGCCGCAGCGGCAGCAGCACCCGGCAACCACAGCCGCAACGGAGAAGGGUAGAGGCAAGCGGAGCAAGUCCCGGAGAACAGGGAACCACCACUCUCAGACGGCCCCACACCCGAGCUCCUCGCGUAGCUACCCGCAUGGCAACGCGGUAGGUGCAGCUGCAGCGCCUCCUGCACCGCAGCCAACUCGUCCACCGGUGUCCAAGGUGCUGCCACCUAUCGACAUGGGCACCUCUGCUGCCGGUGGUGCUGCCGCCGCCUUUGCAGAGUAUAAUGAAGGCCAUGCAGGGGCUGCUGGUGCCGUGCCUCUCGGGUACGCCACUGGCACAUUCGGGGACAGGUCCAGCAAGCCCACCGCUAGAUUUGUCUUCACGCAGCAUCAGUCGCAGCCGCAGCGGGCGUCGAAAAGGACCCCGUCAGCCCCGCAUGGGUCUACGUCUCUCUCUCCUUCAGCGGGUGGUGUCCACGGUGGCGCUGCGGCCACCGAAUAUGUCCAGCAGUCGAAAAUGCUUCUGCUGGCUGCGCCGUCGAGCGGCGUGACCACGAAGACGACCUACUACCCGCUCGAAGUCCCAUCAGGGGCAGUCGCGAAAUCUGCGGAGCACCGCGGGCCGACGCCCACACCGGCGACGGCGCAGUCCACUUGGGACGACGCCGGCGACCCGAGCGCGGGCACCCACGAGCUGUUCCGGGGGAUGUGGGUCACGGCCGACCCGCACUACGUACACCGCGGGCCGCGUGUAUUCGGCCGACCGGCGUACUACACGAUUGCCACGACGGUGGGCGUGACUGAGGAUGGCGUGGGGGGUGGCGCUAGUGUCACCGGCACCGGCGCUACGGCUUCAACGACACAGACGGAUUCGGCACCUCGCCCAGUGCUGCCUACGCUGACGUACAGCAGUAGCGGCAGCGAAGAGGACAGUGAUGCUGAGGGUGAGAACGACCAUAGGUACGAAGGCGGCGUGUGCGGCGCGCCGGAUGUGCACCACCACGCCUCCGUCUCCACCGAUGCGCCGUCGUCGCCUGCUACGCCGCAGAAGAACGCGCUGGCGGAGACAUCGCGGAUGACGAGUAGCUGA